AUGUUUAGCCGCUACCGGUGCCCGAAGUGGGGCCUCCGUAACCUCAAUGGUAACUUCGCCGCAGACCCCGUUGAGAUCCGCGAGGUAUGGGACUCCAACCUAGAGGAGGAACUCUCUCUCAUCCGCUCUAUUGUCGCCGACUACCCUUUCGUCUCCAUGGACACCGAGUUCCCCGGCGUCGCAGUUCUCCCCGUCGUCCCUUCUACAACUUCAUUAAUCGAAUUCAAUUACCAGACUCUCCAACUCAACGUCAACAUCCUCAAACUCAUCCAACUCGGCCUCACCUUCUUUGACUCUUCAGGCCACCUCCCUUCCUUUGGCUCUCCUCCUCGCCCUCGCAUUUGGCAGUUCAAUUUCCGCGAGUUCGACGCAGCAAGAGACAUCUUUGACCGCAGCUCAAUCGAGCUUCUCCGCUGCAGCGGCAUUGACUUAGAAAAGAAUCAUUGCCUAGGCGUCACUGCUAAUCGCUUUUCCAAACUCAUCAUCUCUUCCGGCGUCGUGCAAAAUGAUUCCGUUCGAUGGAUCACUUUCAAUGGUCGCUUUGACUUAGGAUUUCUUCUCAAAACGUUAACUUGCCAUGAUCUACCGGACUCUCAGGAGGAUUUCUACCGUUCUCUACGGUUGUAUUUUCCUAAAUUCUAUGACAUCAAGCAUUUGUUGUAUUUCCGCGACAACUUCCCUGACGGGCUGAACAAGGUCGCAGAGGAGCUUGGGGUGAAGAGAGCGGGAACCUGCCACCAGACUGGAUCGGAUAGUUUGCUCGCCGCUGCCGUCUUCAGGAGGUUGAAAGAUCGUUUUUUACGUGGAUUUGUCGAGAGAUAUGCUGGAGUUUUACGUGGUCUUAGCUCUGAUUGA